GAAGAAGAAGCCGGAGACGACGACGACUCCUGUUGACCUCCUCUUCCAAUAUGGCCGCUGUUAGAGCUCUCGGUGUUCUGUCCAGAUUAAAAUUAAGGAGCUGCAAAGUUUACACAGGUGAAACGUUUCGCACCUUCUCAGUAGCUUCUACAAUGCUCGCCCGGACCCAUGUGACCUAUGAAGUCAAAGGGGAUGUCGCUGUUGUUCGUCUUAAUGACCCAAAUUCCAAGGUAAACACCCUGUCGGUCCAAAUGCAAAAGGAGCUGACAGAAGUAAUGAGUGAUGUGUGGGCCAAUGAUGCUAUUCGUAGUGCUGUACUCAUCUCCUCCAAACCAGGAUGCUUCAUAGCAGGAGCUGAUAUUAAGAUGAUCGAGGCUUGUACAAGUGCAGAGGAGGUAACCAACCUUUCUCAGCAGGGGCAAAAGAUGUUUGAAAUGAUUGAAAAAUCCCCAAAGCCCAUUGUUGCUGCCAUAAAUGGUUCGUGUUUAGGAGGAGGUCUGGAGUUUGCAAUUGCAUGCCAGUACAGAAUUGCCACAAAGGACAAGAAAACAGUUCUGGGCACACCUGAAGUAAUGUUGGGUCUUUUACCUGGAGCAGGUGGUACUCAGAGACUCCCCAAAAUGGUUGGCCUGCCCAGUGCCUUUGAUAUGAUGCUCACAGGAAGAAACAUUCGUGCAGAUAAAGCCAAGAAGAUGGGGCUGGUUGAUCAACUAGUAGACCCGCUUGGACCUGGCCUAAAGAGUCCAGAAGAAAGAACAAUGGAUUUCCUUGAGGAAGUUGCCAUUGACUGUGCAAAAGGAAUCGUCAGUAAAACAAUCCCUCUUCAUAAAGCGAAAGGCAUUAUGCAGAAACUUCAGGACUACAUUAUGAGCUUUGAGUUCGUCCGGAAUCAAAUUUAUAAAACUGUUCAUGGUAAAGUUAUGAAGCAGAGCAAGGGACUUUAUCCAGCACCCCUGAAAAUCAUUGAAUGUGUGAAGACUGGUGUUGAACAAGGCCAUGAUGCUGGAUACUUGGCUGAAUCUCAGAAUUUUGGUCAGUUGGCAAAAACCCCAGAGUCUGCAGCAUUGACUGGCCUUUACCACGGUCAGGUUGCAUGCAAGAAGAACCAAUUUGGAGACCCUCAAAAAGAAGUGAAAACCCUUGCUAUCUUGGGUGCAGGUCUGAUGGGAGCAGGUAUUGCACAGGUGAGUGUGGACAAAGGUAUACACACAAUCCUAAAGGACACCACUGAAGCUGGACUAGCACGGGGACAGGAGCAGGUCUACAAAGGGCUCAAUGACAAGACCAAAAAGAAGAGCAUCACAUCCUUUGAGAGAGACUCUAUGUUGUCCAACUUGACUGGCCAGCUGGAUUACGCUGGCUUUGAGAAGGCCGACAUGGUUAUUGAGGCUGUGUUUGAAGAACUAAACAUCAAGCACAAAGUCCUGAAAGAAGUUGAGGCUGUUAUUUCUCCAGACUGCAUAUUUGCAAGCAACACUUCUAGUCUCCCCAUCAAGGAUAUUGCUGCUGCCAGCAAAAGACCAGACAAGGUGAUUGGAAUGCACUACUUCUCUCCAGUGGACAAGAUGCAACUUCUUGAGAUUAUAAUCACUGAUAAAACAUCAAAAGAUACAACAGCCUCUGCUGUGGCAGUUGGGCUGAAGCAGGGCAAAGUUAUCAUUGUUGUUGGGGAUGGUCCUGGUUUCUAUACAACAAGGUGUUUGGCUCCUGUGCUGGCUGAAGCAGUGAGAGUACUUCAGGAAGGCAUUGACCCUAAGAAACUGGAUUCCCUCACCACGAGCUUUGGGUUCCCUGUGGGUUCGGCCACUUUAACUGAUGAAGUUGGCAUUGAUGUUGCCGCCCAUGUUGCCGAGGAUCUUGGCAAAGCUUUCGGUUCUCGGUUUGGUGGCGGAAAUGUUGAGGUUCUAAAGACCAUGGUGGACUUAGGAUUCAAUGGCCGCAAAUCAGGCAAGGGUUGGUAUGUCUACCAGGCAGGUGUUAAAUCCAAAAAUGUCAAUCCAGAUAUUGAAGAAGUUCUCAAGAAAUACAAGCUGUCACCAAAUCCUGCUGUUUCAUCUGAUUCCGACAUACAGUACCGACUUGUGUCUCGCUUUGUUAACGAAGCUGUGCUGUGCUUGCAAGAGGGCAUUUUGAAGACGCCGUUGGAAGGAGACAUUGGUGCUGUGUUUGGGUUGGGAUUCCCCCCAUGCCUUGGAGGUCCUUUCCGGUUUGUCGACACAUUUGGCGCUGAUAAGUUGGUGGAGAAGAUGAGGAAAUAUGAAGCGGUCUAUGGGAAUCAGUUCACGCCAUGCCAACUGCUACUGGAUCACACAAAGGAUUCUAGCAAGAAAUUUCAUAAGUGAUCAGACGUGUGUGCAAUUAGCACUUAAAAUAUGUCACAUUAAAACAUUUGCAGUCAAGUCUGCGAAGGCUCUGCUCACCUUUGAAGGUUUCUUUGUGAUAAAUUGUUUGGAAAAAUUAAUUUAAGAAGUUAAUCCAUUGGAAUUGACUGAACAGCCUUCCAAUAGUUAAAAA